UUUUCAUACAAAUGCAUUUUUUUAGAGACACUCUUCGAAAAAUUCCCUAAAAAAUUGUGUUCCUACUACCAAAGUCUUGAUCGUCGGUUGCGUGGUAUGGAGUCGCCGGAGUGCCCUGUUUGUCUGCAGCCGUACGACGAACAGCAGGCCGUGCCGCGAGUCCUGGCUUGCGGCCACUCCAUCUGCGAGCAGUGCCUCGUCGUCCUUCCCCCUCCGAGCCACGCCCUCCCUGACGCCCUCCGAUGCCCUGCUUGCACCCAGAUCGUCCCCUUUUCCCGAUCCCUUGGCCCCGCCGCCCUACCUAAGAACAUCGAUCUCCUCCGCGUCCUUCCUGUCUCCUCGUCCUCCUCUUUAUCCCCUUCCCCCGAUUCCGGUGCUAAAUCGAAGCCAUCUGGCACUCUGGAGUACUUUCCUGUCUCUGAAAUCUAUCGUAGCCUCUACGCCAUCUGGAAAGACUCCAUCUUGCCUCAGGAAGCAAUAUACCCUGUCCCCUCUGGGAUCAGAACUGACGAGGUUUUGGUGGCUAUUAUGCCCUCUCCUCUCGGUCGCCCAUGGUUUUCUCGCGCCAACCAGCUCGUAACUCUUCUUCCGGUCGCUUCUGUCUCGUCUCUGUCUAAAGAAUCUGAAUCUAAGUGGUUUCGUCUCAGCUAUACCGCGCGCGUGUUGGAGGCCCUGAGCGAAUUGGAUGACGGGACUAGAGCUUCACUGCGUUUUCUAAUAGACGCGUCCUGGAAAGAAAGACGCGGGGUUUGUAAGGUUUAUGGGUUGUGGAUGAAGCCGGAGGAAGAAAGUUCAGAUCUUUACUUGAUUUCUGAAACCUUUGAUCGAAGCCUUUCUGAUGUAUUGAAGGGUGAGAGUAAGCUUAAUCUUUCUGGAGAUAUAACUGACAAGUUUCUUGCAUUCGUUAAUAUAGGUUUGGACCUAUCUGAAGCAGUGAUGGGUUUACAUUUUCAGGGCAUUGUCUGUGGUUGCUUAACUAUUUCCUGCGUCUCUUUGGAUGAGUUUGGGUAUUGCCAUAUUGAUUUUAACAAAGUCUUGCUAACAAGUUGGAGAACUCAGGAAGAUAUCAGGUCUUUUGUAUCCAGAAAAGGAGGAGAGCAUUGUGCCAAGGACAAGUACCAAUUAUUUGUAAGUCCUGAGACGCUGCUUGUGUAUGAUGAGGAUUCCGGCAAGGAUUGUGGAUCUGAUGGUCCAAUUCAAUAUGCUUCAGAUGUUUGGUCAUUGGCCUGCAUCUUGGCCAUGCUUAUUACUGGGGAUGAAUUUAUUUCUCCUGGGUUAUAUGAUAGUUGGUUUUCAAUGCUUGAAAAAGGGAGAUGUGAGAAUUUUGUUGAACUGUAUGAUGCUUGGAAGGAAAAAGUCAUUUCUAAAUUGAAACAUUUGUUACUAGGAACCCAAUUCGAGCAAAUUCUUCAUCUUCUUACAUUGGGCUUGAGUUAUGGCUUGCAUAAUAGGCUUAGAGUCUCUGAUAUUUGGCAUUGCAUUGUCCUUACUUCAUCAAAAACUUUUCUUCAUUAUGUUCCUCCUCUAGAUGGAUUUGCAGCAAAAGAUACAUUACUGUGCUGCCUUGUUCUCGGGAAUUCACUUUGCUCGGUUAAGAAAUCAUCACAUGCUGGCAACUCAAGUGCUUGUAGUACCUCAGAUAUCAACAUUAUAGGUAGCAAUGUGUCCAAUAACCAAAAUCCACAACAGGAGAAAAUUGAUGAGGACCUUGUUAAAAGGAUUCAUGGACACUGCCCAAAAAGCCUGACUCUUGAGGGCCACAGUGAUUGUGUAACUGGACUGGCUAUACAUGGGGAUUUUCUGUUUAGCUCUUCAUUUGACAAGACAAUCCGUGUAUGGUCCUUGCAGGAUUUUUCUUAUAUUCAAUCUUUGAAGGGCCAUGAGCACAGAAUCAUGGCUAUCCUUGUUUUAGAUGACACGAACAUGCCAAUUUGCAUAAGUGGUGACAGUGGAAGUGGCAUUUUUGUUUGGAACAUUGGUGCAUCUCUUGAUCAAGAGCCAUGCAAGAAAUGGUAUGAACAUAACGAUUGGCGUUAUAGCGGAAUUCACUGUUUAGCCCUUUCCUCAACAGGAUAUCUCUAUACUGGUGGAGGAGACAAAUCCAUUAAAGUCUGGUCCUUGCAGGAUUACACCCUUUCAUGCACCAUGACUGGUCAUAAAUCCAUUGUAUCUUCUUUGGCGGUUGCUAAUGGGGUCCUUUAUAGUGGAAGUUGGGAUGGAACCAUCAGAUCAUGGUGGCUCCAUGACCACAGUUCAUUGGCAAUUUUAGGACAUGAGGAACCGGGAAUUUCAGCUCCAAUUUUAUCCAUUUCAAUUGAAAACAAUUUCCUUCUCUCAGCCCAUGAAAAUGGCAUUCUUAAGGUGUGGAGAAAUGAUGAGCUUUUUAAAUCACAACAAAUUCAUAAUGGUGCUAUUUUUGCACUUAACUUAGAUAAAGGGUCAAUUUUUACUGGUGGGUGGGAUAGAAUCAUUCAUUUACAGGUGUUGUCGGAAAAUGAACUAGAAGCAGAAGUUAGUACUAUUGGUUCUAUUAACUGUGACUCAGUGGUAACUUGUUUAUUGUACUGGCAUGGGAGACUUUUUGCAGGACUUUCCAAUAAAGAUAUCAAGAUUGUUUCUUGUGGGGGUCCAAGAGGUCUCUGGUGGUGUGGAGGGAUAUAUACUAUCCCAAAUCAGAAGGAGGACUGUGCUUUAGGGAUACUAGGAGUUGGUAUCAGGCUCCUACUCUCCAAGGUGCUUUGGGACAUCCAUGCAAAGGCCGACACACAAUGGGUCAAGUGGAUCAAUAAAGUAUACCUCUGUUCACAAUCCAGUAUACCUCUGUUCAAAUCAUUGUGCUACUGACAACCAAAGAAAGGGGAUUCACCAUUUUUUAAGCAAUCGACGAGGUUAGGAAGGAUUUUACAAAGUACGGGUUCGGUAGAUUCAACCAUUAACCUCAUCACGAGCUAGAGUAAGGAGACCCGGAUAUGCACUGCUCAAGCCUAUGAGUUUCCCAGACCAACAAAGGUUGUAGCUGGCCAUGCUGUAUACUGCCAAAAUAAGCCUCCAUAUUGUGGUUGGGAGCAAAAGGUCGCUUGGUGAUGUAGGAACUGAAAAUAAUUUUAGUAGUUUUUAUUAUUUUUAUCGAGUUUGGUAUGUAAGGUAUCUUUGUUAAUUUCUAUCUUUUAUAUUUUUGGAUUUUUGAGUCCGUUUAGAAUAUUUUGUACUUUUAGUAUGUUUAAAAUUUUUCAUUUGUGUCAGUAUUUCUUUCCUGCAUAUUUAGGGUUGGAGUUUAUAUAAGCGUUCUGUUUCUUUGUAAAAGGGAGUUUUUGAUCAAUACUAAUUCGGCCAUGCCGU